AUGCGGAUACCUAUGACUCCGCUUUCGACACUGCACCGUCUCAGCAUCUCCGUUCUCGUCGCCAGUACCCUCAUACAACACUUUGUCGGAGCAAUACCGCAUGCCAUAUACCCGCGCCAGGCGUCUCCUAUUGCUGGGCUGCAGCUGCCAGGAUGUGCGCUGCGAUGCUUGAUUACGGAACUGGUACAAGAUGGGUGUGCGGGUGAGGCGGACUUUACGUGCCAUUGUCAGGGCGGGAAGUUGAUGCAGGCUUCUUCGGCGUGUAUUGCGCAAGGGUGUGGAAGCGUGCAACGAGAUGACGCAGAUGCGAAGGUUCAGGGAUGGUGCAGGAGUGUUAUGGCUGAUGAUGGAGGGUCAUCGAUCGCAAGCUCGAGUACGAGUGCGAGCACGGCGUCGCGUACGCCUUCUAAUGGUCAAGAGGCUGCAGUGCCGACUGGGUCGUCGACAAAUACUGCGACAGUAUCACAAACCUCGAAUGCGAUUCAGUCUACGUCACCGGCUAGUACACCGACUGUGACUUCUGUAAACCCGCCACGUUCUUCAUCACAACCAGCCAGCGAGACGCCUUCACCGACAGGAACAGCAGUACCCGCAUUACCUGGAUCGGAUUCAUCCACGCUUUCCCCAGGUGCAAAAGCAGGAAUAGGCAUCAGCGUCUCGAUCCUUCCCAUCAUCGCUGGCAUAAUCCUCAUCUGGUACAUCCGCCGCCUAAAGCGCCAAGUGGCAGCCGCAAAAACCGCAAAUACCACCCAACCAUUACCACCGACUAACGAAGCCGUCCCACGCGGAAGCCAGGACACAGGUGCUUGGUCUACAGACGCAAACAAUCCCUAUCCCAUCAGUCCCAUGUCGCCCUCGUACCCCGCCGGCAUGCAAGAAACCACUGUCUCGAACAUCGGGUACGGCAUGGUGAUGAAGAAGCGCGGACACGUGCUCAGUAUCCUGCUAGAGCGCGAUGAUGAAGACGCGAAUAGUCUCUGCGUACGAGAGCCUGUGCCGGGACAGAGAGAAGGGCUUACAGGACCGGUGGAGCUGGAUGGGAUUGGUGUUGCGAUUAGUGAGUUGCCUGCUACGAAUACGCCGAGGAGGAGUUUGGAGCGGUAA